AUGGGCAACCGCUUCCUACUCACUGAAACUUCCAAGUUCACAAUGCUAAGCGGGAUCGCCCACGAUCCCAUCCAACGUGAUAUUUUCACGCCCCUCUUCUUGGGUGCAGAGCUUCAUGUACCCACCGCGGAAGACAUCGGUACACCCGGCCGUCUCGCAGAAUGGAUGGACGACAGCAAGGUUACAGUCACGCACCUAACCCCUGCCAUGGGUCAGCUACUCUCUGCACAAGCAACGCGCCAGAUCCCAUCCCUACAGAACGCAUUCUUCGUCGGUGACGUCCUAACCAAGCGCGAUUGCCUCCGCCUCCAAGCUCUCGCCCCAAAUGUGCAGAUCAUCAAUAUGUACGGCACAACAGAGACGCAACGCGCUGUAUCUUACUUCGCGAUUCCACCCUUAUCCGUGGACGCGACUUUCCUCGCCACUCAGAAGGACAUCAUGCCAGCUGGAGAGGGCAUGAUUGACGUGCAGCUCCUUGUUGUCAAUCGCAGUGACAGAAAUGUCCCUUGCGCAGUGGGAGAGGUCGGAGAGAUUUAUGUGCGAUCUGGAGGCUUAGCGGAGGGAUACCUCGAUACCGAAGCUACCGCCGAGAAGUUCGUUAGCAAUUGGUUCUCUCCUUCCACUUUACCCUGGAGGGACACAAUUUUACACCCACCUCAGGGCCUCGCUGGGCCCGAGUCACGUCAUUGGAAGGGCAUCCGUGACCGGAUGUACCGUUCGGGCGAUCUUGGUCGAUAUCUCCCUGAUGGACGCGUUGAGUGUACAGGGCGUGCAGAUGACCAAGUCAAGAUCCGUGGUUUCAGGAUUGAGCUUGGGGAGAUCGAUACGUUGAUGAGCCAGCACCCGCUUGUGCGAGAAAACGUCACACUCGUGCGGAGAGACAAGGACGAGGAAAAGAUCCUUGUCAGUUACUUCGUGCCUUUGCAAAGUUCGAAUCUGGAUGGAUUUGCCAGCGAGCUCACAGAGGAUGACGAAGAGGUUGAUGGCAAGAGUCCAAAGUAUAGACGGCUCAUCAAGGAUAUUAGAGAGCACCUCAAAAAGAAACUGCCUAGUUACAGCAUACCAUCAUUGUUCGUUCCGCUGCAUCGUAUGCCCCUCAACCCUAAUGGCAAAAUAGACAAACCCGCACUUCCCUUCCCCGAUACGGCACAUGCCCACGCUACUGUUAACAGGCGCACAGCGAGCCCCACCGAACAAACCAUGCGCACUAUCUGGGCUAGUAUCCUCCCGAACGCGCCCACGCCUAUCCCCCUCGACGAAAGCUUUUUUGACCUGGGCGGUCACUCCAUCCUUGCCACGCGUCUCAUUUUCGAGAUCCGCAAAAUCUUCGUUCCAACUAUCACGGGCCUCGCUUGUGCGCUAGAUGCGCUUCGUGAUCCGGACUUUGGUAUCGCUUACGCGGACGCUGAGACGCGCCCUGCGACGCCUGUCAAGGCGUCCUACGGACAGGACUAUGAGACGCUCGACUUCAAGUCGGGUGCUGUAACUGUGUUCUUGACGGGUUCUACUGGUUAUCUCGGGGCUUUUCGCCUUGAUAGGGUUCGGAAGGUCAUUUGUGUGGCGCGCCUUAGAGAAGGGUCCAAUGAUCGAGGCGUUUGGGAUGAGCAGUGGUUCACCUCGGGUAGACUGGAGGUGGUGGUUGGAGACCUUGGCCUUGAUUUGUUCGGUAUGGGCGAUGAAGUCUGGUCACGAGUCGCUGCUGAGGCGGACGUCAUCUUGCACAAUGGUGCCCUGGUGCAUUGGGUGUACCCGUACGAGAGGCUUCGUGCACCGAACGUGAUCGGUACCUUGACUGCUGUGGAACUUGCCUCGACGAAAAAGCAAAAGCUGCUUGUUUUCGUUUCAUCCACAUCGGCGAUCGACACCGAGCACUAUGUGCGGUUGUCCGACUCUCUGGCACAGUCUCAAGACUCGCGGGGAGGUAUUCCGGAAGAUGAUGACCUGGAUGGUGCAAAAGUGGGUCUCAAGUCCGGCUAUGGGCAGAGCAAGUGGGUGUCGGAGAAGCUGCUCUUUGAAGCUGGUAGGAGGGGCUUACGGGGCCAUAUCGUGCGGCCCGGUUAUAUUGUUGGCGACUCUCACACUGCAGUGACCAACACCGACGACUUUAUUUGGCGCAUGGUCAAGGGAUGCGUCCAGCUCGGCCUUGUCCCAGAUAUCAACAACACCGUGAACAUGGUGCCUGUGGAUCAUGUUGCUCGUUGCACUGCCCUCGCUGCCGUGGAGCCCCUGCCAAAUGCUGCGCAAAGCGUACUGCACAUCACUGCGGUGCCUCCUCCGACAUUCAACAACAUCCUCUCGUCAUUGGCCGAGUAUGGGUUCCCUACACAGCAAUGCGAGUAUCUCAUAUGGCGUCGCAAGCUGGAGCAGCACGUCAUGGAGGCCCAAGAUAACGCUCUUUUCCCCCUCCUCCAUUUCGUUCUCGAUGACUUACCGACGAGUACGAAAGCUCCCGAGCUUGACGCCACUAACACUAUGGCGUUGUUGCACUCCCAAGGGCAGCAGUGCACGUUCACUGUUUCAGAUCAGCUGAUGGGAAGGUACCUUGCGUGGUUAGUCGGAGCGGGAUUCUUGCCAGCGCCGUCUUCGUCAGCACCAAACAAGAUAUUGCCGCAGUUAGCUAAUGGUGCCGUCAUCAAAGCUGCAGGCCGGAGUGGUGCUUAA